GUAGGAGCGCUUGAGGCCGCGGGGGUGCCUGGGACCCACUUCGCCUCCUUUGGAGGCGAGUUACGGACCCCGGUCCUGUCCCUUCCCAGCGUGGGGUCCUGGGGGGUUUUGGGGCUUGCCUCUCGAAGAGGGGAGUGUAGAGAUGUGGGUCCCUAGGAGAUCCUGCCCCCAUGUGUGGUCCUUUUGCCGUGUGUGUGGGCCCUCAAGGUAGGUGGGCUGCAGGCUGCUGCAUGGUAGGGGCUGGGAGAGGCCUAGGCCGGAGCUGGCCCUUGGGGCUGGAGCAAGGCCUCUGCGCCAACCCAUCCCCCCAGCAAGGGGAGCGGGGGCGGGGGGCAUGCCUGAGCUCUUGGCCGGGUCAUUUACAGGAUGGGCUGUGGCCCUGGUUUCCAGUGAGUUAGACCAGCUGAGAAGUGAGUAAAAAUGAAACUGAACUUUGUUCGAUGGGAGGUGGAAGAACUGCUGGUAACGUGUGCAGAAGAGAUAAUCUAGUUACAGAUUAGCCCCAGUGCCUCCUCGUGUCCUGCUUUGCUCAGCAUGACUAUAUGCAAAUAAUCCCAGGUGUCCAAAGAUUAAUUAGCUUGUGAGUUUAAACUUCCGACACCCCUGGCUUGGGUGGAAGGGAGUUUUGGGAGGAGAAAUUCUCCUGGACAGUGUGUUUGGGUUAUAGCUAUUCUAAUGUAUUUUGCCUACUUCUUAUGAGUCCUAGAAUAGCCAUAGAAACUUGAACCCCAGCGCCUGGGCUUGGAUAAGCAGGUGUCCUCACUGCAGUGUGUCCUGGGAAUGGACUGGAAGUGAGAACUGACCAUUUUUACCUGGUUUUGUGUAACUCAGAAAUGAGCUGGUUUGGGUCUAGCCUGAGUUGUUGGGGUGGCGGGACUGAGCUCCUGGCCUCAGGGCUCAUGCUGGGACUGCUUUUGGCGCACCACACCACACCACAUCUGAUCCCACAUCAGGACGGUGCCUGGCGCAGAACGGUAGUGUCUGCAUCUUCUCCUGAGAUGGCAAGUGGUGAAAUGCCUCCUUUCUUGCAGGAGGCUGUUCCAGUUUUGAGUGUGGUGUUUUGGGUUUUUUUUAAUGCAAAGGGCUUCAGGUACUUCCUCAUGUCCUUAGCUGUGCUGAUGCUUAAGACUGUGGGUUCAGUUACCCUGGCCAAAUUUAUGGAUGGGCUUGUUGAACAAGCCAUGCUUGGGAGGAAUGUUCAGACCAACACAAGCUGGUGUUGGUAUCUGAGACUUCUGCAGGGACGGUUAUCUUCAUGUGUGCAGAAAAGGCACGGGCUUCAGGAAGGCUUCCUGUUAGUUUGAGCAACAAGCAAUGCCUUUCAGUUUCAUGAAGGCUUGUCUUGUUUGCUUAUUCAUGAGAGGGCACUGCAGGUCAAACUGGGGAAUUCUGUUGUUCCAGUCACUAAAACCCAAUUAAUAAAAAGGCGACAUGUCUGCCUGGCUGUAGGUGACUGUCCUUUGUUUUUGGCUUGAGGGGCAGGGCUUGUGUCAGGCUGCAAAAUUACUUCUGUACUGUGGCUCUGACGUGGUGAGGCUUUAAAGCCCUUGUGAGAUAGGGGAGUGUGACGUGCGCAGAGGCGGCAGCUGUGCCUGAGGUGGGGAGGAAGGAACUAGAAAUGGGUUAUGGGCUGUUUUUUGUCUGGUCCAGGCGAGUGUGAGCAGCAAAGCGCUCUGCAGAAGCAGGCAGGUACUUGCUUUCCAUCCCUGACACUUGGUAGUGACUCUUAACAGCUGUUGGACCUAGAGUGUGGGGGCUGCAUCUUCUCACUGGUUGCCUUGUGGGGUAUUUGGCGUUGUGUGCAUGCCUGCUUCUAAACCAACAUCUCUUGCAGGAAUGCUUCGGAAACUGGAAAUCCAGAAAGAGGAAGAUCUGCAGUCAGUGUGUGAAGUGGCUGCCCAUGUGUUCAGUGAUGGAGUAACAAACUGGGGUCGAGUGGUGACGCUCAUCUCGUUCGGUGCCUUUGUUGCGAAACACCUGAAAAGCAUAAACCAGGAGAGGUGCAUCAGCUCGCUGGCAGGGAUCAUCACAGAUGCACUUGUCUCAUCUAAGCGCGAGUGGCUAAUGAGCCAGGGAGGCUGGGAGGGCUUUGUUGACUUCUUUCGAGUCGAGGACCUAGAAGGCAGUAUCAGAAAUGUACUGAUGGCGUUUGCAGGUGUGGCUGGACUAGGAGCAAGCUUGGCGUACAUGAUCCGGAAAGUCACCAAGUGCUGGAUCCCUAACCUGGGAUGGCAGGGAACAGAGUUCUGCUCCUCCUGGGUGAGCUCAUGUCCAAGGCCAGCAUUGCUCCCUUCUAUGCCAGGGACGCUGCAGGAGACCUGGCAGGCACAUCCCAGGAGUGCUCAUUCCUUCUUCCUUUCCUCCUCUCAGCUCAAGCCCUUGUCCUUGCUGAUACGUACACCUACAGGAUCAGAAUGAGUGUCAAAGCCCUGGCUCCAGGCACAGCAACUGUGUCACCCUGACUGUCUCCUAUGACUGGCUGACCCUCUAGGUCCUGUUGUACAUGGUGUUCAAGGGGGAACUGCUACCCAUGCAGUGCUGGGAAUGGGAUGGCAGGGCACAUCUUCGGUGCGGUAUUACAGAGAUGGAGCUGGCAUCACUCUGCGAUACACCUCAGCAGAGCAGCAUUCCAUCUCCUGACCUGAGACCCACCACAGUGACAGGUAUCACUGCUCCUUUUCAUCGCUGAAAGGCAGUCUUGGGUUUUAUACAUUUCCACUGAAGGUAAAUUCCUGUAUCUUUGGGCUCUCCGUCUUCCCAGGGUCUCAUCUGGUGGGAGCUACAGGACAGAGAGGGUGAGGGGUUCUGUAUGAUGUCUGAGCUGGGUCUGUGCUACCAAUGCCAGUGCAGGAAACCUGGCACCUGCCCACCACCAGAAAAAGACGUGCCCGGUCACAACCCCCAGCCUGGCUCUAGGACACUCCCCACACCCAUCUUGGGGUCUCGGCCCUGCACAGCCUUGGUGGGGUGGGAAGAUUGUCCCUUCCUUCCUGCAUCUUUAGAGGUGAUGCAGCCCCAGAAGGUCCAUCCGACAAGAUGUGCCCCAUCUCCCCCCUUCCUCACACUGUCGCUCC